AUGUCAGGAGGAAGUGGCUCAGCGGACAUGGACGACUCGCAGGACCUGCCUGAAUUGCCGACCAAGAAGGCCAGACAUGAGCUGGAUGUUGGACUGGACCAAGAGCCAAGGGGACUACGUGAUGACCAGAUCCCUCCUACUCUCUUGGGCUCAGGAGAUCAGGACAAUUCAUACUCUACGUUGUCUAAUGCCCAGCUUGAUGGAGCGGUGGCCAGCAGAGCGCUCACCACAACAGCCUCUGAAUAUAACUCCCACAUCUACCAAGGAAGCAGACCAGCAGUCACAUCCUACGCCACCAGCCAGGGUGCCUUUCCUCCUCUGGCCCAGGCCACAGUCUACACCGCCUUCCCCCAGGCAGAACAGACCCAGGCCACAGUCUACACCGCCUUCCCCCAGGCAGGACAGACCCAGGCCACUGUCUACACCGCCUUCCCCCAAGCAGGACAGACCUACGGCCUCCCACCAUUUGGUGCUAUGUGGCCAGGUAUUAAGUCAGAGACGGGGCUGCCUGAUGCAGCACCCUCUGUUGGCCAGCCUGGGUUCCUCAGCUUCAGAUCAGCAUAUACCUCAACCCAGCCAGACCCAGGCCAUGUGCACUGCUCAUACCCCAGCCAAGGCUCCAGUUUCACUACAUCCAGUGUGUACACUAACAUCCCUACUGCUUCCGCAGCUACAGAGGCUCACCAGGAGUUCAGCAGCUAUAACGUCAACUCUCUGGGCCAGACCCAGUUCCCUCAGUACUACGCCCCGCCCCUUAGCUACGUCCCCGCCGGGCUGCCCAAUAGCGACGAGAAUGGAUCCAGUAUGGGUGUGGCCGGGUAUCCAGCUAUAAAGACGGAGGGCAGUGCCUUGGCUGGACUGCCCAGCACUACAGAUGCAUGCCCGCGUGAGAACCUCCCGACCGGGGUAGCCCUGCCUACAGGUGUGGCCCUCCCCAUGGGGGCCCUGGACCAGGAGGAGGCGGGGAGGAGGAACCCUGCUGGGAAGGCCAAGGGGAAGGCCAAGAAAUCAGACAGCAACCAGCCUACUGACGCUGACCUGGAGCGAAUCUUUCUGUGGGAUCUGGAUGAAACUAUCAUMAUUUUCCACUCUCUGCUCACUGGGUCCUUCUCUCAGAAGUUUGGCAAGGACUCCGACACUGUGCUGAACCUGGGCCUUCAGAUGGAGGAGCUGAUCUUUGAGCUGGCAGACACACACCUCUUCUUCAAUGACCUGGAGGAGUGUGAUCAGGUCCAUGUUGAAGACGUAGCCUCUGAUGACAACGGACAGGAUCUGAGCGCCUACAACUUCCUGGCRGAUGGUUUCCACGGCCCCAGUGGUGGAGGUGCCACCACAGGAGUCCAGGGCGGGGUGGAGUGGAUGAGGAAACUGGCCUUCCGUUAUCGUCGCCUGAGGGAGAUAUACAACGGAUACAAAGGGAACGUGGGAGGCCUGCUGAGUCCCAUGAAGAGGGAGCUGCUCCUCCGGCUCCAGUCUGAGAUGGAGAAUAUGACGGACGCCUGGCUCAGCACAGCACUCAAAUCCUUGCUGCUUAUCCAGUCCAGGUCAGCACAGGGUAAGUGUAUGAAUGUCCUGGUGACGACCACCCAGCUGGUGCCUGCUCUGGCCAAGGUGCUGCUCUAUGGCCUUGGGGACGUCUUCCCCAUAGAGAACAUCUACAGCGCUACCAAGAUAGGGAAAGAAAGCUGCUUUGAGCGCAUCGUCUCUCGCUUUGGGAAGAAUGUGACCUAUGUGGUGAUUGGAGACGGCCGUGAUGAGGAAUUCGCAGCAAAACAGCACAACAUGCCUUUCUGGCGUAUCACCACCCACGGGGACCUGGUAUCCCUCCAUCAAGCCCUGGAACUAGACUUCCUCUAGAGCGGAAGGAAUGGCGGUUAGACACAGAGGGAAACUUGGUCAGUCCACCCCCCCCAACCCUUCUGUUCGCUUGUGGAGUGACAUUAUUAUGUCCUCAGCUCCACACCAGCCCUCAAACACACACACCCUUCACACACCCUUCACACACCCUUCACACACCCUUCACACACCCUUCACACACCCUUCACACACCUGCUGGCUCUAGCGUGUCGCUCUUUUCCCCGUGUGAUGGCCGUGGACUGAUCUGAGGUGGACUUUGGGGUGGCUGGGAAGCAGACUGGACAGUCAGACCUACUCUCUGAUGUAAGAGCUCCUGCCCAGCAACACUCUCCAUAUGGCAGCUGUCCUCUCUAAAGACUGAGCCUGAUCACUGGGGCAUAGCAGCAGCGACCGACAGACAGGACAUGACUAAACUAGAGAGGAUAGCUUAAAAG